UCUCCAGCUUUGAGGAGCUAGUCAGUCAGGAGUGCACACAGCUAGAGUAGAGGAGAAGGGAGAAGGGGAGAGAAAACAGUGACACUGGCUUGUGAGGAUGUACUAGCAGACAAGAAAAGCUCUCCAUGACUACAGCUAGGUUUGCAGCGGGAUGGAUGGAGUGACGAAGCUGCCUGAGCCAUGAAAGCAGGAGCUGACAUGAAGAUUGCUGGAAAGAUUGUGUGCGUCUCUUUGCUGCUCAUCAUUACCAAGCUCAUGGGAACAGUGGGGAACAUGAGAGUGUCAGCAGCUGUGGGUGACACCUUUGGGCUGACCUGCCCUCAAAAACGGGAUGUAAUUAUGGUAACCUGGAAAAUAAACCCCCAGACUGGAGGCCACUGCACCUUGGGAUACAGGGCUGAUCUGAACCAGACAAACAGAACAAACUGCACUGAGAACAUGAACUGGAAAUCUAGGCCAGAUCAUGACACUACCCUUCAGAUACGGCCAGUGCAAAGGGCCAGUGAGGGAAACUACACCUGCGAGAUGGCCGCGAGGGAAGGGAAUUUCCACCUGACCCACCACCUGACUGUGCUAGUCCCCCCCGAGCUGACCGUGUACUGUGACAGCCGUGGGAACCCCGUGUGCAAGGCAGUGGCAGGGAAGCCGGCUGCUCGGAUCCGGUGGGUCCCAGAGAGCAACUCCAGCCCUGAGGAAGAAGACCAUGGUGACGGGACAGUGACUGUUCUCAGCACAUUCACGGGAAAUGGCACCAAUCUGAAUAGUACAACCUGCUUUGUGUCCCACCCAGCUAUGAUCCACAACCAGUCCAUAGCCUGCCUCUCAGAAAACUUUAUCCCGUAUAUCUCCAUCAUUCCUGGUUUCCUGAGCAUUGUCAUCUUCAUCGCUCUCAUUUAUUAUUUUAAGCUCCAUGGUGACAGACUGUGCUACAAAAGGAAAUCUCCUGAGACUGCUCCUACACAUUCCUUACAGGAUGACACCAUGGAGGUGGAACCUUAUACUACUUAUGUGCAGAAAGAAAAUGUAAUUUACAACUCAGUGUCUGACCUGACAGUGGAGCAGAACCUUCCACGAGGACCACUACCAGUAACAUGAAUGAUUCAACAACACUGGAAAGCAGGGGAGUCAUUUUAUAAAAGACUGGCCACAGAAGAAUCUUCUCAGAGGAUUUCUUCAGAUUUUGGGGCUACAUAGACCACUAGAUCUCUUUAAAUACCGAUGCUUGCUGAUGAGUCUAACUAAUUCUUUCUUUUUUUUCUUGUUUUGCACCACUUAAAGUGGUGCUGGGAAAAUCUGACUGACCUCGUGCCAUAGUUUUUCCUGGAAAAAAAAAAAAGCUCCUGUGACCAGUCUUCCCUUUGGCGUUUUUACCUCAGGAAUACUAGUUUUGUCAGUCACUUCUAGGCAUUACUUUGAUACACUUGACACUAUACUGCACAUAUUUGGGAGACGUGAGGAGUGUUAAGUCUGAGCCAAAAUGAAACACCCUCCAAACAACAUCCACUUUGUUCUAAUUUAUAAGUUACUAACAUAAUGGCUCUGAGUAUUAAUCAUCACAGAAUAGCUCAACUGGCGGAAGUUAUCAGUAGGGAAGACUUUCAAUCCUGUUUUUGAAAAUGGAAACAAGCGAUGAAUUUACGAUGUCACCCACUAGAAAAGGGACUUCACUGGCAUGUUGAAUUAACCUGCUAGGUUCAUAUUCAGUAUUUCCACUAAAAGUCUUCAUUCCAUAUUUCACAUUAUUCUUACGAUUACUUUUCCUUAAGAUACUCCAAAGGAGGGAUAUUACUGUCUGUUUUGGAGCAUUGGCAUUAGUAUACUGUAUGAUAAUUAUGUUAAUCAAAUCCAGUAAGCUAUUUCUAACAGAAACUAACACCAAAUAUUUCACAAAAAGAAACAAGUUCAAAUAUAUCCUCUAUAACUGUGCAAUAAUAUACAAAAGGGAUAAAAUGCAUGCUAAUUCUAGUCAUAUUUAUUUUAACUACUGCAACUGAAGAUAUUUUCAUUCAUAUGUCUAGCUCUUUUCUUGACUCUUAAUAUAGUAUUCUAAAUAUACGCGCAAGUUCACUUUGUUGUGUACAAAAUACCUUAUAUAUCUCAAUGUGUCUCCUCAAUGUGACUUCUUCUCACCUUUCCAAAAUGUCUUUUGGGUAUAGAUUCAAAUUCAAUGAAUUUGAAUUUCAUUCAAAUGAAUGAAAUUGUCCUCAGUAUACUAAAGGUUCUUAAACUUUUUGGGCUGAUUACUUAGUAGCUAAAGCGUGACCUGGCUCUCCAGUAAGAAUAGAGAUACAUUUGUAUAUCUCUGUUUACUACCUUUUAUUUCAGUAUUUUAAAAGACUGAUAGAGUACUUGGUCUGAUGGUAGGAUCAUAACAACUAGAUUUUUCCUUUAGACAGUAGAAAUGUCUUUGCCACACAUUCCUCCAGCUCUUUUUGAGAUAGCCCCUGAGGGCCACGAUCCAGUGCUUAGAAAACACACUUCUAAAUUUAAUACAGUUCUUAAAUGUAUUACUCAACCAAACCAAUACAAAUAGUUAUGUAUCUCACUCUACCAACUAUGAAAUAGCCACUUCUGUCCAGGUGAUCGCUGCAUGCAAGCAUUGCUUUUCUCUAUUUCCUCAUGUCAUUUGGAACAGAAGAGAUCAAAGCUGAAAAUUGUAUUUAAAGCACUGAAUAUCAAUCAAUGACAGACAGGAAGUUUUAAAGGAACCUCAGUCUUCCAGUGACUUACCAAGGGAUAGAGCCAACCAAAUCAGUUAUGAUCCCCUGCAAUUACCUACGCUAAAUAGCUAGAAUACAGUCCAGUGAUCUUUCCUCCCACUCUAAAACCAGAGAGCUUAAUCACUUAUUAGAUUCUUUUCUGUGCAAAUCGAAAGUCAUUUAUGUUCUUUAGUGUCCAUAGAAUGGGGUUCAUCAUAUGAGAUGUCAGCUCUUGAAGGCAGAUCCUUGCCGGUUCGUACGUAAUAUAACAAAUGUAUAGAAGUACAGCACAUGCUAACUGCAGCCUUUUAUGGUCCUCCACAAGCCUAUUAUACUUGUACGAGUAUGAUCCAGACCUGGACUUUGAUGUUGCUAACUGGUCGCUUGUUUCCUUUGUCCUCUACUUUGUUCCACAGUUAGGCCUGCCAUCAGGCACUCUGAGGCAAGGAAUCAUGCAGGCUGUUGAUGAUGGCUUGCGUGUCUUUUGACCUGGAGCCCAAAGCAGCCAAGUGGCUAGAUGUCAAGGCAGUCAGCACAGCAACUACUCCUGCCCUUUCAUGUAGACAGGAAGGCCACUGUUUCUGUGCCUAAGUGAUUUGCAUAGUCAAGGAUUUAGCCAGAUCCUCUGCAGUUAAGUUGCAGAUCAUUUGUCCAUACUUUGUAACUGUGAUAAAUGUGUACCAGUUAAGUGUCUUAUGUGCACACACAUGCACAAAUGUUCUUUGUUCCUAAGAGCAGAGAAGGUCUGGAGCAGAGGUUCCCUCUCUGCACUCCUCUUUCUCCAUCAGAGUACUUGCAGCUAUUUCUCUCUGCAACAUGCUGCUACUGUGCAGCAGCCAUCCUCCACGCAAAAGUGCUGUGUUCACUGUUUCCUAGCGGUCAGGCAAGCCAGCUCGCUAAACUCCCCAGCAUGUUGCAGAGUCACAGGAAGAAAGGCAGCAGUUUCUCAGCUGCUCCCAUAAACAAAUGUUUUAGUUUUGACCACAUUUAUCAAUGCUAUCUCUUGCUGCAUCACUUACUUUUGCUUAAUUUCUAUCUCCUGCCUUUGCUGCUCUAUUUUAUGUUUACCCAUACAGUUCACUCUUUUGACAGUUUACAGCUGCCAUUCCUAUUCUAAUCAGGCAGCUAAUAAUCAUGAUUAUUUUAUGACUACAGAGCCCCAGACACUGAGCUCACAUGCAUAGCAAGCCAGCAAAUUCUGUGUUGUUGCACAUCCAACAACACCAGCAACACAGAACAGCCAGCCACUGAGGUGCAGCCGGCCUCUUCAUAUUGAGGGCCUGUGCUUUAAGAUGGCACUGGCAGUACUGCAAAAUGGAUGCCCUGCAAGUCCUGAGAUUGAACGCAGCUUCUGUGCAUACACCACUUGUUUGGCCUCUCCAACCAGGAAUUAUUUCCUGGGAACAGUCAAGCCCUUCACCACCUCUUAUAGCAAUAUUAAACUUUGUUAAAAUACAACUUUUAGCACAUCAUUGCAUCAUCACUUAUUUACUUCACACAGCUUUCCUAACAAUAGAAUCUAUUAAACAGUGCUGUUUCUGAUAUUACUCCAUUUCUGGAUCCCAGUGGGUUUCAGGACCCAGUCACCUAGUCACCUAGUCACCCAGUCACCCAAUCACCUAGUCAUAUUUGUAGCUUAUU